AUGCCUUCGGUCGUGGUCCUGCCCGCCGAAGACGUCGCGCCCCUGUUCUGCCUCCCCGACGAGGACCUGACGCCGCCCACGUUUUCCGACAACGGCGAGGACGCCCACGAGGGAGGAGGGGCGUGGGCGUGGGUGGUGAGCGAGCUGUGCACUCCGAGGACGCUGCUCUCCCUCAUCAAUGACACGGGCGUCGCGCUGGCGCCCAGGGAGAAAGUGCGGUACAUCCGAGAGCUGGCGAGCGGGCUGACGCAUCUCCACGCCCACGGCAUCGUGCACAGGGACGUGAAGCCCGCGAACGCCCUGCUGGACGCGGGCGGCCGCCUGCGCCUCUCCGACUUCGGCUGCAGCUCCAGGCCCGGACAGGACGAGGUGGCCGUGAUCGGCACCGUGCCCUACCAAGCGCCCGAGGUCCUCCGGGGGGGGAUGGGGUGCGGGCGCAGCGACGUGUUCUCCCUCGGGGUCACCGCCUGGCACCUGCUCACCCGCCGCGCGCCCUUCGAGGGAGUCCACCACCACGUCGUGCUCUACCAGGUGACAUGCCUCCACCACCGCCCCCCCCAGCACCACCCCCUCGGCUCCUUCCCUUCCCUGCUGGAGGUCCUACUCGGCCGCUUAGCCUCGAGGUGCUGGGCCGAGGAUCCAGAGGAGAGGCCCGACGCCCUCGCCCUCGAGUCCAUUCUGGCGGCGCUCUCCUGCUCGCCGGCGCUCUGA